UUUUAAUUCCUCCAAUGCCCCUUUUAAUUUUGGGAAAAUUGCACCAACUGUAGUGAUCCUUUGAGGGUGGAAAGGAGAAUUUCAAUUUCUGAGAUAGCUUUGACUGCUUGGAAGGUAUCAUGAGAAGACCAAAAUGUACAUAAAUCUGCCAAAAAUUGAUAGAAAAUUUUGAUUUUCCAGCUGUAUCCUCAAACAGUAAAAUGACCGUGAAAGAACACAUCAUUUAUUGCUGGCAUUUUUUAAAGAUCCAACCUAGAAAUUCUUCUUCGGGAAAAUGGAGAAACUAUUUCAUUCAUUAGCCGCUUCUCUGUUCAUUGCAUUCAUUUCUUUAUUCCAAUUAGUAGCAGCAGGCAAAGGUUCAUUUGAUGAUAAUUUUAGCAAAAGCUGUCCAGAGACUCAUUUCAAGACUUCGGAAGAUGGGCAGAUCUGGUACCUAUCCUUGGAUAAACAAGCAGGUUGCGGGUUUGCCACAAAGCAGAGGUACAGAUUCGGGUGGUUUAGCAUGAAGCUUAAACUAGUCGGAGGUGACUCAGCCGGAGUGGUUACUGCUUAUUAUAUGUGUUCUGAAGAUGGGGCGGGGCCGGAGAGAGACGAACUGGACAUUGAGUUCUUGGGAAAUCGAACAGGGCAGCCCUACCUUAUACAAACCAACGUUUACAAGAAUGGAACUGGCAACCGUGAAAUGAGGCACAUGCUAUGGUUCGACCCAACCGAAGAAUUCCACAUAUAUUCUAUUCUUUGGAACGACCAUCAAAUAGUAUUCUUUGUCGAUAGAGUUCCGGUAAGAGUAUACAAGAAUGCAAAUUACACGAACAAUUUCUUCCCAAACGAGAAGCCAAUGUACUUAUUUUCGAGCAUAUGGAAUGCGGACGAUUGGGCUACGAGAGGCGGGCUAGAUAAGACAGACUGGAAAAAAGCACCUUUCGUAUCGUCUUACAAGGAUUUCAAUGUUGAUGGGUGUCAAUGGGAAGAACCCUACCCUGCUUGUGUAUCCACCACCACAAAAAUUUGGUGGGAUCAGUAUAAUGCUUGGCAUCUAUCAGAUGAUCAGAAGAAGGAUUUUGCUUGGGUUGAGAGGAACCUUGUUAUAUAUGAUUAUUGUAAGGACACCCAAAGAUUCCCAAAAUUGCCGGAAGAGUGUUGGUUAAGUCCGUGGGACUAAUUUUGGAUAACACUUCAUUAAAUAUUUUUGAGUGAGGUUUUAUAUAUAAUAAAUUCUAAAUGGAUUGUUUAUGCUGCAUUAGUUUGGUGCGUGCAAGAAACUUCUCUACUUCUAUUUGUAACAUUUUAUACAAUUAAAAUUUGGAAAAUUGCAGCAGUGGUUCGGGUUCCUGACA